AUGGAGGCAGCGAUAUCCGCCGGGGCCGAGGUCAGCCGUGUAGGCCGACGCAUCUUGCAGAGAAUCUGGGACCCAGAGCCUACCAAUGAUCGAAGCAGCAACGAACCAGUGUGGUGUUUGGGUUGCUCAUAUCUCCUCGAUACAAAAGAAUACGGCACACCCCCUACGCUCACCACCAGCACACCACCCGCAGAUGCCACUCUUCCCGCUAUAGUACCCGAGCCUGGGGCAGGCGUGGAAUCGGAGCCACGAAGAGCCACAGAGAAGGCGGGAGUGCCGGUGAAUACCCCAAUCCCCGUUGCGGCUAGUGGUCAGCACCAGCUACAAGUGCCCGAAACACCUCCUCUCUCCGUUGCCAGCAGUUUUGAUUCAGCUCUUGCGUACGAAGAGCCCGGUCAAGAUGGCGGCUGGCCCCCGGCCUUUCUCGAUGAUUUCGAGUCCCGCAUAUGGAUGACAUAUCGUACCGGAUUCGAAGAAAUUCCUCGCUCGACUGACCCGAAAGCGGCCGCAGCCUUGUCCUUCACCAUGCGAUUCAAGACUUCUUUCGGGGACCAGACCGGCUUUUCAUCAGAUACGGGCUGGGGAUGCAUGAUCAGGUCUGGGCAGAGCUUGUUGGCCAAUGCAAUGUUGAUCAGCCGUGCAGGACGUGCUUGGAGACGAACGACGAACCCUGACAUCGAACGCGAAAUCGUGUGCCUAUUCGCAGAUGAUCCUCGUGCUCCAUAUUCCAUACAGAACUUUGUGAACCAUGGUGCAGCUGCUUGUGGAAAGUACCCUGGAGAGUGGUUUGGCCCAUCUGCGACGGCACGGUGCAUCCAGGCUCUGGCCAAGAAGCACGAUAGCUCCCUGCGAGUGUACCUGACACGAGAUCUUCCUGAAGUAUAUGAGGACAACUUCAUGUCAACCGCGAACCCUGACGGCAACCACUUUCACCCGACAUUAAUUCUGGUAUCUACGAGGCUGGGAAUUGACAAGAUCAACCCAAUCUACCAUGAAGCGCUCAUAUCUACCUUACAAUUGCCACAAGCCAUUGGUAUUGCUGGCGGACGCCCGUCAUCAUCCCACUACUUCAUCGGUGCUCAGGGGCAAUGGCUCUUUUACCUCGAUCCCCAUCACCCACGGCCAGCGCUUCCUUAUCGAGAGAAUCCGAACGACUAUACCAUAGAAGAAUUGGACUCCUGCCACACCCGACGAUUGCGGCAUCUCCACGUAGAAGACAUGGACCCUAGCAUGCUCAUUGGCUUUCUCAUCAAGGAUGAGGAUGAUUGGGAUCUGUGGAAGAGCUCUGUCAAGCAUGUUCAGGGCAAGGCCAUCAUCAAUGUCUCGCCUCAUGACCCGGAGCACGGGAUGGGUUUCGGUCGAGCUGGAGCGAUUGAUGAGGUGGAGACACUGAGUGACGAGGACGACACAGAUACGGUGCUUGACUUAUGACUUGUUUGAAGGUAAUAUUUUGGGAUAUGGCAACAAGUAGUUUUGGGGAAAGGGGCGUUGUCAACGCCGCGGUGUGCAUGCCCAGGUUAGGGGACUCUCAAGAAAACCUUCUCCCCGCUAUGAUGUUUGAGAAUCGAGGACACUCUGCUCGAUUAGAUGAUGCA